AUGACGUUGUUGAGCCCUAAUUCCUUACCGAAAAGAACUGCAUUCAUUGAUGCUAAAGCUUCAGCUGUUGUUAGGUGUUUUAGAUUUAAUUUCUCUUUGUACCAUCUAUAUUCAGUUGAAACCAAACAAUUUGAACAGAGCAACUCUGUUUUUAUUUUGGCAGAUGGUAAUGGGGAGUCUUUCAAAUGGGCAAACAUUUACAGCAUUUCAAUUGGAAUAGCCAAGGGACUGGAACAUCUCCAUACAGGAAUGCACAAGCCCAUAGUCCAUGGAAACAUCAAGUCAAGAAACAUACUUUUGGAUCGCAAUUACCAACCAUGCAUCUCUGAUUUUGGCCUUCAUCUUCUGUUGAAUGCUACUGCUGGCCAAGAAAUGCUUGAAGCUUCAGCAGCUGAGGGAUACAGAGCCCCUGAGCUGAUCAAAAUGAAGGAUGCAAGCGAAGAGAGUGACAUAUACAGCUUUGGGAUAAUCUUGCUGGAACUUCUUUCAGGAAAGGAACCAAUCAAUCAGGACCCAACUCCUGAUGAGGAUUUUUAUUUGCCCAACUUCAUGAGAAAUGCUGUGCUUGGACAUAGGAUUGCAGACAUAUUUCAUCCAGGCAUACUUGUCAGCAACAUGCAUGAUGGCCAUAGAGAGGUUACUGAAGAAAGCAUUCUCAAAUUCUUUCGGCUUGCCAUGUCUUGUUGCUCUCCUUCCCCUUCUCUGAGGCCCAAUAUUAAGCAGGUCAUUUGGAAGCUUGAAGAUAUUGGAAAAUAAGCAAGUUUGGGACUUCUGCAGAAAAUCAAACCAAGAUCAACAUGAUUGAUAUAUCAAUUCUCCAAGAUCAACACGAUUAAUAAUAAUGACAGUGACGACAUUGACGUAUAUAUGAAAAGUAUAAAUAAUACGGCCGAAGCAUAAUGGUUGAAAAUUUUGGCUUUGGAACAUGGAUGACAGGAUUACUGAUGCUUAUGCUGAUGCUGAUGUUUAUGGAGAAACAGAUGCACUUUCUGGCCACCCAUCAAGGAACGUAGGAUUGUUGAUUAACUGAUUAUGUUUGUCAGAUUUCAGAGUUCUUUAUUGCCAAAAAUCAGCAGCUCAAGAUUGUGGAUUCUCU